GUUGGUUCAAAGAGGAACGCGUCUUACCGCUUGAUUUCGAUUUGUAGCCAUGCCGCCAUGCCCACCUUCGAUGCAAAUCUUCGCGGCCAUCAUGCACUGGCGAAUCCCGGCGUGCAGGUCGACGAGCAGUGUGUUUGGGACUGGCCGAUGACUGAAACAACGACAAGGCCGCGCGUGACGAAAUUGUAGGGUGAUGCUGGCCACUGCGUUUGGGAGGUUGCAUUGCAAAGGGCUUCCAUUGCCUCCAAGUGGUGGAGCCAAAGAAAAUGUGCAGGAGCACAACGAGAACUCGCAGCCAUGGGAGGAUGUUCAUUUGCAGGUCUCGUGCCACAGAGACGGCGGGCUUCUUGACGUGGUAAACCCACCACGUCAAGCCACUGCCAAACACCAGGACACGCCUGAACAUGCCUUCGAACAGCGCCUGCAAGACGUCGGCGAAGAUGUGGUGGUUGCAUGGUGCGAAUAUGUCCAAUGGACGGCGCAGAACAGGCACAGUGAUGAUGAGAUGAAAGUACUUGCCCGAGCCUGUUUUGCCCUAGCAGGGGAUGACAAACACAAGGAUGACAUUCGACACUUGAGACUCUGGGUGCGGCAUGCUGCUAACACGUCUGAGGCAGAGAAGGUGUUUGAUUUCCUAGCAGCAGAAGGCAUCGGACUUCACCAUGCGCUUCUCUACGAAGCUUGGGCUUCACACCUGGAGCGCCAGCGGAAGUUUUCGGAAGCGGAGCAGCAGUACCGGCUGGGUUUGCAACGGGCAGCCGAGCCACAAGAGCGACUUCGAAGCCGUUACCAGGAAUUCCAGCGCCGCAUGUGCAAGCGCGCCGCUCGAAAAGGUCCGAAGCCUGCGCCUGCUGCUUGCACCAAGCAGGACUUGAUUCCCAUUUCUCCACCUGCAGUGAAACCUGUCGCGGCAACUGAAGGAUUUGCAGUUCAUGAAGACACAGGUUUGCAGAUUGGUGGAGAUGAGGAUGACGAGCUGCCGGUGCAUGAAAAGAUGUUCGUUCCCAUCCAGGGCCGAAGGUUGGCCUUGGACGAAACAGAGCUGCCAGCCACGCAGACCCUGCUACCGCGCAACACCAGCCUGGACGAGGUUACACCAGCACCGAGGGUCCUGGCGCGCAUUGGCGGCACGGCCGAAUGGAAGGCAUUGCGGGGGCCAAUGCCGCGAUCGUCUCAGGCCUCAGAGAGGAGCCAGUCUCGUGCCUCACUGCACUCUUGUAAUGCGACCAGCGAACUCACUGGGGGCCUCCGGUCAAUGCUAGCCGACGCGAAUCGCAGACGGUCCUCGUCUGGGGAUGUGUUCGAGGAUCCCACCUGCACCGCUGAGUUGGCACAGAGGGAAAUCCUGGCCCUUUUUGCCACCGACCGCGAGCCGGCGGCCAUGCCGCGCACUGGCGCUCCGCUGAUGCGCCACCUUGGGGCCACUGCUGCGAGUAGUGGAUGGGGACGCGAGACACGUGAAGCUUCACCAAGGACUUCAGGUGCUUUCGAGAUCUUUGAAGAGACCGACUUCAGCGUCGGACGCUGAAGUGUGGCCUAAUUCGGAUGCUGGAGCCCACUGUGGCGAAUGGCGAGCUGAUGAAUACAACGAAAGAUGGAGCGACUCAAUUGGUUGAUCCGUUGACCUUGAAACAUGUACGGAGCUUGUGCUUGGAUGAGUUUGAUUGCUUUUUGUGGC